AUGUUUCCCGUCAGCGAUUUCAAUUUUGUUGUAGCCGGAAUUGCUACCUUCGCCGCCACAGUCGGUUACGCAUGCUCUCGCCGACUCAACGCCAGCUCAUCUUUUAACACACCCUCUGAGGAGGUACCGCAGCAUAGCUUUGCUGGAGACAGAAGGGUUGAGGAGAAAGAAUCGACAAUCCCUUCUCCGCACCGUUCUCUUGAUGAACCGCAGAUGGAGGUCGAACUGAAGCAAAACAGUGAUUUAUCAGAAAUGGAGGAGGUUAUUCUCGGGUAUCCUCAUAAUCUAGCAAAUAUUUACCCUAACAAAAGAUGUAGAACACCAUCAUCAGACUCUGGGGAGCUCUCUGCACCCGAUGUUGCUCCGCCUGUAGCUGCGGAUUCAAUAGCACCCCUUGAAUCUACUCCGGAGGCAGAAAGAAUUCCUGAAAUGCCGGCUACCCUACAAGAUUCUGUUUCGAUCCCAACUCCAGCUACCGAGCCUCCUCAAUCGCCCUCACCAGCUCCUGAACAGCCGGAGCAACCAACGAGACGACCUUCUCCAACUCCAAUUUCUGCAUUCCCUCUAUCCAUGUCGGUGCCAACACCGCAACCAAUUUUUGCCCUAGAGAUAACUCCGCGACCCGCCACUCCCAAAGCCUUCUCAAACACAUCUGGUGGGUUCGCGGCCUUCGCAGGGUCGAGUUCUCCUUUCGCUGCUGUGAAUAAACCCAAGACAUCGGCAUUUAAGCCAGCGAAGUCUAUCUGGAACACCAGCGAUUUGACACCUCGCCAGAAUGGGGAAGAAACAGUGAAAAUCCCAUCGGCGUUCACACCAGAAACAGAAGACCAUGCAAUUGCUGAAGCUAAAGCCAGCCCCUUGCAUCCAACGGAGAAGUAUACGCCUAUGACUGGAGAAGAGGACGAGGAUGUAGAAUUGGAACAGAAGGGAGUUAAGCUGUACACCAAACGCGGAGACAAGCCCUUCUCAGAGGGCGUCCUCGGUCAUGUCAAAUUACUAUCGAAUCGAUUAACAUUAGAAGAGCGAAUCCUCUUCCGUCGCGAUCCUCUGUGGAAGGUAUCGAUGAACAUUCGCGUUAGACCCUCUGUCCGAUGCACCUAUGUGCCAGAGGAGAAUGUACUCAGGUUGAUCCUAAAGGAAACUGUGGAAAAGACGGACCCUAAGGGUGAGGAAAAGCAAGAAGUUGUCAUCUAUGCGAUUAAGCCUGGAAGAACUUGCUCUAAGCAGGAUUUCAAAGACUUUGCCCAGGCCUUGAUGAAGAGCUCGCAUUUCAAAGAAAUUUCAUCGUAG